AUGGGACCCGAGCAACCGACAUAUACAGACACCCAGCUCGAGAUAUACCUCACACGACUUGCCUAUGUGCCCGCAGCAAAGACUGGAGAUAGCCUGGUCCAAGAUGUCCGUCACAGAAUUGAGACCGAUGCGUUCGGUACGCUGUCAGAGCUCCAGCGACGCCAUCUCGCUGCUAUUCCGUGGGGCAACUCGGGACUUCAUUAUUCACAACACCACACUAUUUCUCUGCACCCGGAAAGCUUGUUUGAGAAGAUGGUGGAGCGGCGCCUCGAUGGGUAUUGUAUGGAAAACACGGGAAUAUUCUUAAUCGUUCUGCGGUCCCUGGGAUAUGUUGUAUACGCCACUGGAGCCAGAGUGAGCCAGGCUGCCGCCACAAGGGUGGACAACGGAUUGUAUUCAGCAUUUGAACAUAUGGUCCUGAUCGUGACCAUUGAUGGGGCGAAAUAUAUGGUCAGUGCUCGCCAUCACUUUACCAACCUCGCUAGCACUAACAACUGCCAGGUGGAUGUGGGAUUUGGGAACAACUGUGCUACUGCACCCUUGCAUCUUCACGAGGGGGCUACGGCUACAUGGAUUGGACGCUCUGAGAUGCGCUUAAUCAGGGAAAGUAUUGCCGAGUUUACCGACAAAUCCCAAAAGGUCUGGAUCUAUCAGACAAGAUAUAAUCCGGAAAGCAGCUGGCUGCCGAACAUCUGCUUCUCCGAGGUAGAGUUCUUGCCCCAGGACUUUGGGAUGAUGAACUUCUCGGUUAGCCAGAAGGCCACCAGCUGGUUUAAGCAGACCUUUGUGUGCAUGCGGAUGAUUCUGAGUCCUACUGGCAAGGAGAUUAUUGGGCAGUGCAUCAUGGCGGGCAAAGAGGUCAAACGCCGAAUACAUGGACAGACGGAGAUUUUGCAGGUCCUUCAAUCUGAGGAAGACCGGGUCCAAGCCCUAGCAAAAUACUUCGACAUGCACCUCCGGGAUAGUGAAAUCCACGGUAUUCAAGGCUUGACUUCUCAGCUCAAGUAG